GGUAUAACGUGACGAGUGUACAAGCUUGCACCAAUAGUGAUAAGUAGUUCCAUACAUUUAUAGGAGUUAUACUUGUAUAUUUGAGAAAGAAAAUUGACAAGUGAGAAAAUUAGUUUUAAUUUUAAGGUGAAUUUGUAGCAGCCGGAGAAACAAAGAAGUUUACUUGAAUUUUGUCUUCUGAGAAAAUCUACUACUGUUCGAACUGGCUUUACGUUGAUUUGGCUACGUCUAUAUAGAAAAUUAAUCUCAUUUAGAAUGUCUACACGGUAUAUGAAAAAAGUAUAUGGAGGUGAUGUGUUAUCCGAAAAGAAUAGUGAAAAUGAGAAUGAGAUAGAAAAUUCGAUAAUUGGCAAUAUUAAAUCUAAGAAAUUCAACUUCUUCGAUGUAUUGAAUCAAAAUUCUGAAAUUAAUGAAGAACAAAAUGAUGAAGAGAAUGUGAUGGAUGAAAAUUGUAUUGAUGAAGCUAAGCACAAGAAGAAGAAAAAGAAACGGAAGAAAUUAGAAGGUUCGAAAAUUCAAGUCGUUGAAUCUAAUAAAGAGGAUGUAGAUGAAAUUGAAAGAACGGUGAGGGAAGUGAAUAAAUUGCUUGGAGAACCGCUACCGAGUUGUAGCUCUCAAAGCACAGAUAAUUUACAAUGUAUUCAACAAAAGUCAAAAGAGGAUAUUUUGUUGGUGCAACAUAAACACUUAAAUCCAUAUAAUGAACUUAAAAGAAUUUUUGGUAGUAAAACAGUGCAAGCUGAACAAAACAAUAGAAGAAAUAGAGGUCGUUUGGGUCACUUGAAAAAAACUUGGUUAGUUUCAGCUAAAGAUAAUUGGCCACCAAUUAAUAAAUCUGGUCUUUCAAUGUCUUUGGAUCACACCAUACAGUCUAUCAAUAAUGUUCAAUAUUUUGUGUAUGAUCAUAAUCCAUCAUAUAGACAAGUUCAACUAAAAUUUUUGGAAGCUGUUGAGAGUUUAAAUCCUGAAAAUAUUGUUAAUAUAAUCAAUGCACAUUCUUAUCAUGUAGAUGCAUUGUUGCAAUUAGCCGAACUUUGUAAACUCAAUGAAGAUUUAGCAAUGGCUGCAAAAUUUACGGAACGAGCCCUGUACUGUCUGGAAUGCGCUUUUCAUCCACUGUUUAACUUUACAACUGCUCUCUGCAGAUUAGAUUACAGAAAACAACAAAAUCGUGCUUUAUUUAUAACAUUAUUUAAACAUCUUAAUUUUAUUGGUGGCCGUGCAUGUUACAGAACAAGUUUGGAGUUCUGUAAAUUACUUCUGUCACUUGAUCCAGAAGGUGACCCUUUAUCUGUAAUUCUCUCUAUUGAUUUCUAUGCUUUAAGAGCAAAAGAAUAUGAAUGGUUUAUCGAAUUUUGUGAUCUUUGGGAUAGUGCAAGAAAUUUAACACAGCUGCCAAAUAUAGCCUUCAGUUUAGCUUUGGCCCAUUUUCAUUUAGGCAACAUAAUUGUUGCUAAUGAAUUUUUACAAAAUGCUUUAAUAAUGUUUCCGGGUAUACUGAUGCCAUUGCUAGAAAAAUGUAGUAUACACUCUGAUGAAAUGGUAUGGGCCCAUGAUUUCUUUAACACUAAGGCAAUAAUCUCAACUUCACCAGCAUUGGAAAAGUUACAAAAUUUAUAUGUUAUACGUAGUUUCCGUUUGUGGAAAGAAACAGAUCUUUUACCAUGGCUACAAGAAAAUGUACACACUGUUUUAAAUCGAGUGGAUUCGAAAGAUGAAUAUGUAAAGUAUUGUGAAAUAAAGCGAAGCAAACGCUAUCAAGGAAAAUUGCCAAAGAACAUUUUAAGGCACAUUAUAUUAUCUGACAUGAAAGAUGUUACUGUGAACGUUCAAGAGUUACAAAAUGAUGGUUCCGUUCUUUCACAUGAUCCUCUACCACCUGUGGAUAGUAUUGAUAUUUACAAGCGACCUACCACAAAUACAGCCACAGCUAGAAAUAGUUCUAAUCUUUUGUCUCUCUUUUUUUCAUCUUUGUUCACGGAUAUUAAUGGUGAAGUUGCAAUUGCUGGUCUUGAAGGUUUAAAUUUGUUCUAUGACAACAACGAACAAACAUAAGAUAGAUCAUUGAUUAUAACAUACAAUAACAAGUCAGGACACAAGAAGUUUACUUUCAACUGAAUAAUACUAAAAUGACGUUGUACAUGUAGAGAUAUUUUUUACACAACAGCUAUUUUUAUGAAAAUAACAAAAUUUCGU